AUGAUCUGCCUGCGCUUCCUGGGCGGCUUGGGUGAAGGCGCGCUCUACUUGGGCCACGUGUACCUAGCUCGGCUCAGCUCGCCUGACCAGCGCACUCGGAUCUUCGGGUACUGGGAGCUGGGAACUGCUGCGGGCCUGGUGGGUGGCCCGGCCAUUGCCUCAGCGCUGGCAGGCAGCGCCUGGAACGAUUUGCUCCCGGGCACCGGCGAGCUCAUGACGCUCUCUGUGGCCGCAGCCGCGGCAGUCCUUUUGCUGCUGGUGUCUGCCCUCUUCCCAAGCAGCGCGCAGCUGAGCAUCUCAGGCAAAGAGAUGCUGCCGGUGGCCCCUGUGCUUGCGGCCAAAGAAUGGACGGUGCAGCUGACACUGAGCGGCAGCACUGUGGUUCGCUUGCUGCUGCGCCUCGCAUGGGAAGCGGCAGCUUGGAUCGUUUUGGCGACGCAUUUCUGCUUGGGCCAUGAGAAGUCUGGUUACGGCAUCACCGCGACCUUCUGUCUUUACAUGGCCGGCCAAGGCGUCUUUGUCUUGCUGUGCCAGCACUACUCGGAUCAUCAAAUGAUCCGCAGCUGCGAGUGUUUGGAGCUCCUCGGCCUUGUGCUUAUGUUCCGCAUGCCCUCAGAUGUGGAGACAACACUCAUGGAGGAUGUGAUGGGGUCCAGCGCCUUCGUAAGACUGGGGCUGUUCUUGCUUGGAUCGGCCUUCUUCUACACUGGCAACUGCCUCACUUCCGCCCCGCUCAGCUCAUGGGCAACAAAGCAUGGGCCCAGGAGCGAGACGGUGAUGCUGUCCGCCCACUUGGCCAUCCAGUCGGGGGUAUGUGCUGGUGGUCUUCUAUCCAGGAUAUUCACCAGCAUGGACCCUCACCAGAACAUGAUCGUGGCCAUGUUGUUGCCUGUGGUUUGCAUGCAGAUCGUGCUGUCAGAGCUGGGCAUCGGCCUCACGGGCGUCGCGGAAGAGGUUGGCGCGAAGGAGUGA